AGUCGCCGCUUUGAGAUGCCUUAGCGAGGGUGCUUUCUGAGGCUGUCUCGAGUCCCCGGCCGAACUUGUCGCGUGUUUUUUUGCAGUCGCGGCAUGACGCUUCGCCAGGUAGCGCAGCGCGCCUGGAAGCAGACGAAGAGGAUUCAGGAUGCUACGUUUCGCAGGCUGAGGCGCUCGGACAAGUCGGCCUCGCUUCAGGCGGCGAGGAGGGGGUCGCGGCUCCAGUUCCUUGCUCGUUUGGCGCAGUGGGGGAAGAAGGGCGACAUUCGCGGGGCGAUUUUUCGCUACAUUUUGGCGAGCGUGCCCAAGUUCGCGCCCGCCAUCAACCCGCGCCACCCCCAGGCGUCCUACUGGACGGAGAGGCGCAAGUACGAGAGGAGGAUUAAGUCUCAGUGGUACAAGGUCGUGAAGUACAUGGGGGGCGCGAAGUCUUCCAGCAAUUCCGUGGAGAUAUUCUCGGACGGUUCGGAGGCCUUUUCGUUGAUGUGGUCGUCUAUACGGAGUGCGAAGCACAGGGUUUGGAUGCAGACGUACAUCCUCAAGGCGGACAACAUAGGUUUGCGAACGAUCCAAGAGCUGACGCGCGCGGCGAGGCGGGGCGUGCAGGUGGCGUUCAUAUACGACCACUUUGGCUCUUUGGGGUUCAAUCCGUUGCAUUUUGAAGAGCUGAUUGCGCUGAACGGCGUGGUGGUGUGCUUCAACGGGGUGUCCGAGUUGGUUCACCGCUUCAACGUGCGCAGCUACGUUUUGUUUCGCAGCCACCGGAAGAUUCUCGUGGUCGACAACAGCUACGGGUUUUGCGGGGGGAUGAAUAUUUCGGAGGAGUACUGCAACGCCGACAUUGGGGGAAAUGGGAGGUUCAGGGACACGCACGCCAUGAUCAGGGGCCCGGGCGUCGUUCACCUCGCCGAAGCGUUCUUGGAGACCAUAGCGACUAUGAGGGACCUCAAAACCGUGUCGGGGGAUCUCCUUGACCGCCUGAACAGGGUUCAAUCGAGUUUGCCGGUUCCGAAAAUGCACACCAACAAGUACGAGUGGUUGGACACGAUUGUGAACUCGGAGAAGAGUACGCACCACACGUUUCUUCAAGUCCUCACGUCGGACGGCUCCAAGAACAAGAGGGACAUUCAAACCUCGCUGUCGAACGCCAUCGGCAUGGCGCAGCGGCGCGUGUAUCUCACGUCUCCCUACUUUCUCCCGCCCCUGAAAAUCAGCAUGGCGAUCAUCGGCGCCGCGCGGAGGGGCGUCGACGUCAGAAUAUUGACCGCCGGGAAGAGCGACGUGCCGCUCAUCAACUUCGCCUCGAGCCACAUUUACGGGCUGUUUUUGAGGAACAACGUCCAGAUCUACGAGUUGCAGUCCAGGGAGCUCCACGCGAAGACCAUCACGUCCGACGGCAUCAUAGCGAUGGUCGGCUCGUACAACCUGGACCACCUCAGCUACAAGCACAACCUGGAGGCGAACCUGAGCAUGAUCGAUCCGAAAAUCGCCAUCCGAAUAGAGAAAAAUUUUUUCGAGGACCUAAAGGGCGCAAAGAAAGUUGUAAGGCGAAAUUGGGAAAACCGGUCGUUUUUAGCCAAGGUCUGGGACUGGCUCGUCUACACCGCGCUUACCUUCAUCAUGGAGUAGCGGGAGGGGAGUGCGCGCGCGCCGGACCGGUGCGACACAAGCGGUAAAGGCUCUUUUUUUUGUUUUUUUUUUUGUGUUUUUUUUUUUUGCGUCCGCGCGGCUUCCUUAUUCGAUUAAAAUCGCGCCUGCUGGGUCCUCCUGGUCGACGAGCUCGACGGCGCCCUCGUCGUCCGGCGCGCUCGCGUCUCGAACGGGGCUCGCGCGCGGAGUCGGCCGUCCGCCCUCCAGCGCGUAGGCCCGGCUGGAGUCGGCGGUCUCUCGGUCCGCGUGGCGAACGACGACUUGCACGCUCAAAUCGGUCGAGUAGUCCUCCACGUAGGCGAUCGCGCCGUUGGUCAUAUAGAGUUGCGAGAUGGGCUUUUGGAGGAGCUGCGCGAACUCUUCGUCCGCGCCCUCUUCCCCGCUCUCGUAGAUGAGGUGGUCGCUGACCAAAAUGCUUGGUUGGGAAAUGUCCAAUUCCUCCCUGAGGACGUCGACGAACGCCUUUAGGCGGAAAUUGGCCGUGUCGACGUGCAGGUAGACGAAGUGUCUGGAGCAGACGCCGCACUCCGGGUUUUUCUCGUCCGGCUCGGACGUCAGCAGGUAGCCGGACUUCUUAGAAGCCACGCGAGUCAGGAAGGUUUGGCGACAGCGUUCGAAGUUCUUGGUGAGGAUUUUGAUGGCUUCCAAGGUGACGAGUCCGGCUACGAUGGCGUUGGUUGUGGCUAUGGACGGGACGAUCUGUCCCGCCUGGCUCUUGACGUCGAACCUGGACUGCAUCGACAUGUUGAAUUGCGCGCAUCUCAAGUUGGAGGCGGCAGUGACGAAGUCCAAAUGCGAAUUUUGGUCCUUGUCCCAGGAGACCCUUUUCCCCUCGCGCGAGGCCGGACUCACGAGCUCUAGCAGCUGGCGAGUGGACUCGAAGAAGAUCCUCGCGCACUGGCCCACGUCCCACACCUCGUGGUCGCCCGGAACGGGCCCCUCGGUGGACAGGAGCUUUUGCGGAAUCAACAAAACCGGGAAGGGGCGCGAGCGGUCGAUCCGCACCUCCGGUGACGGCUCGUCGCUCGCCUCGGCCACCCUGCACGGAACCGGGAGCGACGCGCGAGCCUCGCUCUCCAACAGCAGGUCCAGGUGCAGGAUGUCAGUGUAAAAGACUUGGUGGAAUAUCCGCGAAACGCCGUUUUUUUUUUCGAGCAUUUUUUCGUCUUGAUCGAGCAUUUCUUGAGCCCGGCUCGAACGGACGUUGUAGCCGCCCUCCCUCAGGAACGCCGCCACGCCGUCCU